AUCAUGGCUUUUGGGAGAUGUCACGGGACAUGCCAUUGAUGAUUGAAUUUGAGGCGGCUGCAAAGGAGGGCCAAAGAUGGUGGCUUGUAGUGGCAGCAUGACUGAAGAUCUCUAGCUCAAUCUUCAUGAUGCUUUUGGCAUUGCUAGUUCCUUUGAGAAUCAGCCGUCAUGAAGAACAGGGGCCACCUUGUGUCGAUUGUCGUGACUCUACUGUUUGCUUUUAGUGGUGCAUAUGCCAUCGACCUCAACAGUGCGGCGUACCCGGACGCUACGCUCAGCUUGGAACAUGGGAAUCCAGGCUUUGGUGCAUCGGUGCUGGCGGUCAAUGCCGAAAGAUUGCAGGGUUGGAUCGAUCAUCUGGCGACGUUCUCAGAUGAUGAGACACCGGCCGUCACACGGAUCCUCUUUACAGACAAUGACAUUGCUGCGCGCAGGUAUGUCAAGUCAUUGAUGAAAGACGCGAAUUUGACAAUAACGGAAGACGCCGUUGGCAACAUUUACGGUCUCUGGGAAGGCAGCGACACCACCGACGGGAUUGUAGGCACUGGGAGCCAUGUCGAUGCAAUCCCGCUUGCCGGAAAGUACGACGGGGUUCUGGGGGUCUUAGGACCGAUCGAAGCAAUCAAAGCAUUGCAGGCAGCGGGGUUCAAACCAUGGCGGCCAAUUGAGGUGGUCAUGUUUACAAGCGAGGAGCCAACACGUUUUGGGUUUGGGUGUCUGGGCAGCCGUGUCAUGUCGGGGCAUCCCGAGAUCCGGCAGAAACUAGAGGCGGCGCACGACGAGAAUGGCACGUCAUUCGACGAGGCGGCUGCCGCAGCAGGCUACCCCGACGCGCUGAAGAACCUGGACUCGGCUGUGGUCAAGAACAAGUACUCGGCGUUUGUGGAACUUCACAUCGAGCAGGGACCAACUCUCGAGGAGGAAGGCAUCCCCAUUGGGAUCGUCACUGCCAUCGCAGCCCCGGCCCAACUGACCGUCACCUUUUCCGGGGGGGGUGGCCACGCGGGCGCCACUCUGAUGCCGUUCCGGAACGACGCGGGUCUCGCGGCCGCGGAACUGCAGCUCGCUCUGGAGGCGGCGGUGCUCGGGACCGGUUCCAAUGACACGGUGGGGACGGCGGGGGUGGUGGAGCUGCGACCCGGGGCGGUGAACAACAUCCGUGACGUCGACGGUCCCCGACGGGACAGCGUCGUGGAGAAGGUCAAGGCCGCAACGGAGGAGAUUGCGGAGCGGCGGAAAGUGGGGCACACCUUCACCAUCGGAAACCAGGAUCCCCCCGCCACUUCCGGCGACCGCGUGCUCAAGGCGGCGGUCGAGGCGACGGAGCAGCUGCGGCUGCGCUACAAGAUGAUGCCUAGCCGCGCGUACCACGACUCGCUCUUCAUGGCGCGGGUCGCUCCCACGGCCAUGGUCUUUAUCCCCUGCUUCAAGGGUUACAGCCACCGUCCGGACGAGUUCGCGUCCAAAGCGGACAUGGAGAACGGAGUGCGGGUGUUGGCGCUUACGCUUGCAAAGCUGUCGGUCGGCCCAAAGACGGACUGCUGUCACUGAGGGCGUAACCAAAAAACAUGACGUCAAGUAUCUAAUUGUGGGGGCGUUCAGAUUGAUGCCGGAGAAACACCUGUUGGCCAUAGUUGCAAUUGCGUGUGUUGAUUGCGCUCGUAAGAAACUGGCAGAUACACAGGAUUUGGUAUUCGUUAUCAGCAGCAUAUAUUCGUAAACUGGUCAGUAGGAUAGUCUGCCGUACAAUCAGAAUUGUUGUGUAUUAAUAGUUGGAGACCAAACACAGAUAGGAGUAGCGCGGCUAGAUAGCUCGUAUCAUAAUGUUGAUAAAAGCUGAUUGUUAUACGACCUGCCUUUCAAAACCUGAUUGAAAUUGAUUACGUGCACUGCAUGGCUGUAGGUUCAGUCAGCCCCGAAUACCGUACGUACACUAGCAGGACGCGUACUCGGUGCAUUUUGCAACGCUUGGCGCAAGCGUUGUCUCAGUAAUCCUACCAACGAGGCCCGUCGC